UAAUGUGCAGUAGCAAAACCCGCCCCUAAUACUAGCAUUCUUGUUACCUGUGAUUUCACUUUUGAUCACUGCGUUUUUUGGCGCUAUAGAACAUGGUCCUUGCGUUUCGUAAAUCAACUACAUCUUCUCAUGGUGUAUAUGUGCGCACCUGCUGAUUGCCAGCCGGCGAAAUCAAGCGGCCGAUUAUAAAGUUAAAUCUGAGGCAUCAUCUUGGGCAGCUAUUUCUUGUGUUGAGAAUUGAGGACCCCUGUGCCCAGCAUGGCGGCGCCCGAUGGAGCCCUGAACUGUGAGGACUUUUCAAUGUUUCAGGAGGUGCUAAAGGUGAUGCGCACCAUCGAUGACCGGAUCGUCCACGCGCUGAACACCACCAUCCCCACGGCCUCCUUCAAGGGCAAAGUGGACCCAACACAGACCUGCAAAGAGCUCUACGAGUCUCUGAUGGAGGCCCACAGCAGCAGAGACCGGGCCAUUAAAGCGUGUAUCGCUCAGACCUCGGCCGUCGUCAGCCAGCUGCGUGAGGAGCGGGCCAAGGACGGCGACAACCUGACACUCAUAAAGCAACUCAGGAAGGAGCAAACCAAGUUAAAACUCAUGCAGUCAGAGCUGAAUGUUGAAGAAGUGGUCAACGAUCGCAGCUUGAAGGUGUUCAGCGAGAGGUGCAGGAUCCACUACACCCCCCCGAAAGUGCAGUGAGGACAAUCCCGUCCUGUGCCAGGAGUGCCACCACGGCCAGACUGGGCCGUGGAACUGGAACCCAGCCCAACAGACCCAACGGACCCCCACCCCCACGCGGACCUCCCACCACGGCCCCCCCCAUGCCCCUGCACCCCGUCUCCCGCGUGGGGGUUCCAGAGCCCCCGGACCUCUGCUGUCUCUCCGUCACUGCUGUGUCUCUCUUUUCAUACAAACGUUGUACAAAAACAGGAUUU